UUCAACACGGUGUUCAGGUCAUUGCCAGGCUUCUAUAAGAAACUUGAUGAAGAACAUGAGAAGAAGUUUGGGUCAUGUUUUAUUGCAGGAAUGCCUGGUUCUUUCUAUGGCAGGCUCUUCCCCAACAAUUCUCUGCACUUUGUUCACUCUUCUUAUGCUCUCCACUGGAUCUCUGAGGUUCCAAAAGGCUUGGUGACCAAAGAAGGAGAGGGACUUAACAAGGGGAACAUAUAUAUAGCAAAGACAAGCCCUCCGGCUGUGUUUAAGCAAUACUUGGAGCAAUUCAAAAGGGACUUCACAGUCUUUCUGAGGUCACGUGCCGAAGAGCUCGUCCCUGGGGGCAGUAUGGUCCUCACAACCAUGGGCAGCAUAAAGAGUGACGAUCCCCUUUGCAUUUGGGAAUUUGUAGGAAUGAAGGUCAAUGACAUGGUUUUAGAGGUAAUUAAAGGUUUGAUUGAAGAGGAAAAAUUGGACACAUUCAAUAUGCCAUACUAUGCACCUACAACCAAGGAGAUCGAAGAGGUGAUCGAGGCUGAAGGAUCAUUUACUUUGCAAAACCUUCAAGUUUUCAAAAAUGAUUUGGACUCUUAUAUAAACCAAGCUAACAGUGGCCUUGAUAAGAAGACAAGGGCUGCAAAAUUUGCCAUUCACAUAAGGGCUUUGGCAGAGCCGAUUCUGGCGAGCCAAUUCGGAGAAGCACCCAUGGACGAUUUGUUUCGUAGGUUUGAAGCAGAUGUUCUUGAUCACAUGGAAAGGGAAAACUGUCAAUUCAUUAACCUGGUCUUGGACUUCAGUUUAUUGUUAAGAAUAAAUUUGUUGACAUUUGGUCAUCUUUGUGUGAUAGAAGUUGAG